GCAGGGCGCCCCGGCGUCCAGACCACGCGUCACCGCCCCCUGGACGCCCCCAGACGCACAAACUGAGCGCUGUGUCUUUAAGGGGGAAUCGGCUCUUUCCGUCCAGGACAAAAUGUCUGCGAAGAGCCCGGAGGCGAGGGGCGACCUUCGCGGCGUCCCGACACUGCAGAAGGAAUGAAGAGUAAAAAGCCCCCGAAGACCACCAUGGAAAACAGAGGCAGGCCUGAUAACCCUGCAGAAGAAGGCAGCCCCACAGGGCUAUCCUACUCCGAGGCCUGGGGCUACUUCCAUCUGGACCCGGCUCAGCCUAGGCAACGGGUGAGCACCUGGGCCACCUGCCGCCUGUGCGGGGAGCGAGUGGGCGGCCAUCCCACCUUCCAGUUGUGGACACGGGCGCUGUGGCAGCACCUGAGUGCUGUGCACCUGCAGGAGCUCAGGAAGAGCGCUGAUCAGAGCACACCGCCCACCGCGUGCUGCCGGCCGCUGGUCACCGUGGCUGCCGAGGGCGACUGGGCACGCCUGUUGGAGCAGAUGGGCGCGCUGGCAGUGCGGGGCAGCCAGCGUGAGCUGGAGCUGGAGCGGCGCGAGGCGGCCCUCCGACAGGCGGAGCUCGCGCUGGAGCGCAAGAGCAAGGCUCUGCAGCAGGAGGCGCACUCCUUGGCGCAGGAGCGCCGCCAGCUUCAGGUGGAGCGCGAAGCGCUGAGUGAGUGGGUGAAGAAGGCCAGCCCCAGUGCGAGCCCCAGUACACAGGUCCCGCAACAGCCUUCUCCCACGCCUCUGUUGCCCAAGGAGGACCCUGAUGUCGACAACGACGGCGGGAUCACCAAGAUCCUGCUGUAGUACCACCAACCGCUCCGUGUGUAAACCUAACACUGCAGGCUCAGCAGCGUCCCCAAGUCCAGUAGCCUGGUUCAGGUACACAGGAUGGGCCUCUCAGCUACCUCCUUGCAGUGCCUGAAGGCUUUUUAAGCCAGAAGGUUCUCUAAACACCAAAGACUCAUCACACCGCCAGCCUUUCAGGGGAAGGGGCAUGGUUAUUUAUCCAGGAACCUGUCCACUCCUUUCCAAAUGUAUAAUCUUGACCCAGCACUAGCAUGUUCCAGAAAGGAACCUUGAGUAUCACCUUCAGCAUCUAUAGAACCCUACAUUGGGCCAGUCCCAAAGAGACCCCUUUUUGUUCCUGUCCCUCCUUUGACCAAUCUGAGGCAAAGAGCACCCUUUUACGUAAAUCAUCUUUCCGUGUGUAUAUUGGACACAGUGACGGGUACAUUCUCCCAUUUUCUGGUCUUGCAUCUUGACAUUAGCAAGAUAUCUGUCACUAGGGAGAAUAGUUUCUUGCCCCACAGGUCCCCACAGACCUCCCCCUGAACCAAAAGAGAAUGCGGAGUCCGCACCGCACUGCCUUAGAGUCAGCCCCUGACUCAUUCCCUCCCUUUCUUCAGUCGGUCCCCGCAGUGCCUCCUACCCCGAAGGUCAAGAAGUCCUCCUUGCCCACCCACACUUGGCACUUUGCGUCCCCCCAUGUUUGUCUCACACAGUAUUACAUACUGAGCUGCCACCCAGAAACCAAAUACGGUUCCCGCCCCCGAUGUUCUUUCUGAAGUCCCUUUCGGAGGUGGAACGUGGAACGUGCUUUCCCCAAGUUUUGUUUUGAGAUACGGUCUUUUUUUUUUUUAGUAGAUGAAAUGUAAAUGCCUUUUUAUGAACAGUGUGGAAGGGCAAUCUGACCAUUAUAAAACAAGUACAUUCUAGGACAAAUCUGUACAUUUGACUUGGGAAAGAAAUGUUUCUAUGACAUAAAAUAUAACACUAACAGAUUAAUCUCAUGAAAUACUUGUAGUUUUGCAACAUACUCUUGGGUCUUUUUUAAAUAAACUAUAUGCA